AGGAAAAACAGCCAAACCAGAACUGAGCAGUUCUGUUUAACUAUAAGCUACUUUGCAUAUUGUUAUUAAAUGAUCACCUAUAAAUCAGGUUAACUCUAACUCAGCCCUAAACACAGCAUCCUGACGACAAAACUCAGGUUAAAGAGGAAAUGAUGGACAACAGAAGCAACUCUAGUCUGCCUGACAAACUUCCUAUGUUCUCCAAUUCUGCCUGCUUGCCAAUGACCAGGUCCUUCUAUCUGGAGCCCACAGUCACUUUCCACCUGCACCCGGAGGCCCCGGUGCUGCCCCCUUAUUCUGAGGAGCUGCCACUGCUGCCUUUUCCCAGUGACUCCCUCAUCAUGGGAAAUUAUGGUGAACCCUGCCCCUUCUCUUUCCCAAUGCCUUAUCCAAAUUACAGAAGGUGUGAGUACUCCUACGGACCGGCCUUCAUCCGGAAAAGGAACGAGCGGGAAAGGCAGCGGGUGAAAUGUGUCAAUGAAGGCUAUGCCCAGCUCCGCCAUCAUCUGCCAGAGGAGUAUUUGGAGAAACGACUCAGCAAAGUGGAAACCCUCAGAGCUGCGAUCAAGUACAUUAACUACCUGCAGUCUCUUCUGUACCCUGAUAAAGCCGAGACCAAGAAUAACACUGGAAAAUGUUCCUCCACGAUAGCAACCACCAGCCGCCAUGCUGACUCUAUGUUCAGAAUUGAGUCAGUAUUUCCAAAUAGAAAUGAAUAGUAUCACAAAAUGGGGUCUCCUACAGCAUCAUUUGAUAGUUUUUCCCGAAUGUAAUUUCUGAGUGGGCAGCAAAUAGCUCAAAUGCUAACCUAUGCUGGGUAUUACUCAAUUGUACUAAACAUGAUCUCAUGUAGAUUGAGGAGCUGCUUUAUGUCUUUCAUGAACUGUAGGGGAGCAGGGGGCCCCAGACUCUCUGCAUGUCUCACCCUGCCCAUCUCACAUGCUUGGCCAGGGACUCAGGCAUGAGAAGCUUUUGUGGAAGCCUUUAAAGCGUGUGCUGGUCAUCUCUUCACUGAAGCUUCAUGCUGAGCAAUCACAAUGACCCUCCCUUCAUUUGUCAACAUUUGGAGAUUUUUUUUAAAGAGUAUGUUCUGUGUCUUAUUUUUGUGGGCAACACUUUUCUUACCAGCAAGAACACAGCCCAAGGAAGGGACCCAGUAACCUUUCAAAACCCAAACUGCUGCCUGCGGUGAGGACCCAGGGUCCUCCAUGGAGAGGACAGGCAUCUUCUCUUCCCACCAGGAAGGAGUCAGACUGGAGCCCCUGGAGAUUUUUAUUUACUGGGGAUUGACAAGAAGUCACCACCAUGGGAAAGUGUCUUAGGGCUAAUGCAAAAGUAGUUUACAAAACCUUGUUAUUUAUUUCAGAUGCAUCACUUUCCUGCACGUAGACUUCCUCAGGCAGCGUAGUAUAAGGUUUAAGAAGGCAGGCCUGCAUUUGCAGUAUAACUCUGCUGCCUCUUCUCUAUGUCUCGGUUCUGCUCCACAAAAUGAGAAUAACAGCAAUUCCCAUGUGUUUAUGAUAAUGAUGAACAGAACUUGACAUACAGUAAGUAUUCAUAAUCAUUAAAAACAUGUAUGUAGAGAUGGGGUCUGGCUCUGUUGCCCAGGCUGUUCUCGAACUUCUAGC